CAAAAAUAUAACGCCAUCAAAAAUAUCUAAAAUAAUAGGUACAUGUAUCUACUAUAAUAAUGCAAUUUUUGUGAAAUAAAAUUCUUGUUUUUACUUUUUCUACAUCAUAUUUUCAAAUGAAAGGGACACAAUAGUGUACAAGUAAAAAUCGUUCAAGGUGGUUCCGAUUCAGUUCCUCUUGCAGUUGAAGAGGGUGCUUAAAACCCCUAACCCCACGCUACGCCCCUGCCUUCUAACCCCACUAAAUGCUAUCCAUUCAUGGGGUCGCAUCUGUCAACUUUUCACUCAUACAUUCAACCGCGGCUCAGAUGGCAUUGUCUCUGAUUUUGACUGUUUUGAACUGUUCAAUGAGAAUUGGUUCUUGUUUUUACUGGUUCCUGAAAAAAACAUGGAAUCAACCCUCGAUGUGAUCAUUUUUAACCUCAAAUAGUGCUUUCGGACUGGAUUUAGAAGAUGAGUGAUAAUUAUUGUAUUUGAUUUAAUGAGACUGUCUCGACACUGAUUGGAGCUUCUGGCAAUGAAAUCUCUGGAUUACGAAUCUUCAUCCGAGGGUGAUGAAACUUCAUCUUUACCCAUUUCUCGGACGGUGGUUGAACCGAGCCACUGGCUCAAGACCAACACACAAGGAUGGGGGUGGCAGACUGGGGCUGCAGUAGGGGGACCAAGUUCCUCUGGAAACACCAUGGACCCUUCCACUUACCCAAGCUUCCACCCAAAUAAUGCCGAAGAGAGUCAAAUACCAGGACGAAGAACCCCCUUGGGGGCUGUUGGUUUAGGAGGAUUUUAUUUUCAAGGAUAUCCCUCUAACCUGCAGAGCAACAUGGGACCUUCGGAUGAGAACAACCCCGAAAGUGGGCCUAGCCAGAAUAUGAGUUGUAGAUCUCCGCAGUCCCGACCACUGCCCAACAAUUCGCAGAAUGCUCCAGGAACAAAAGGGAAAAACCGCCAAGGUAAAACGGUAAGACUGAACAUAAACGCCAGGGAAAGAAGAAGAAUGCACGAUUUGAACGAUGCUCUGGACGACCUUAGAGCGGUUAUACCAUACGCCCACUCCCCAUCCGUCAGGAAACUGAGCAAAAUUGCCACGUUGCUUCUCGCCAAGAACUACAUCCUGAUGCAGGCCAACGCUCUGGAGGAGAUGAAACGCCUCAUAGCUUACCUCCAGGGUACAGCAGGUGGGGCCCCCAUUGUUGUGCCUCCUGGAUUCGACCUUCAAGGUUUUCCAGCAGCAGCAAAAUUCCUCCAGCAGCAGACCAUGCAAGGUGACAGUGGUCCUUCGAAUGAUAACCCCAGACCGUCAGGAUCUGCCAUGUAGUAGUCGCUAUAUUUUAACAAUAUUUGUAGGUAGAGGAAAUAUUUGAAUGCUGGGAUGAUCAGAAUGUCCUUUUUUAUAUUCUAGUCAGGAUGUUUAUAGUGUGAAGUCAAUGGGAUAAGUAAUUCAUUAUGUGGAAUCGAAAACUAUUUGUUCUGUCUUGUAUGCAAUCUAUCUGAUCCUCUAAAGCGUUGUUUAAAUUUAUUAUUGAUGGUUUCACUUUCUUCAUGUUGUUUUCAUUGAACAAUAAGAAAGUACGUAUUCAGAUAACAUGUGACCCAGGAUAAAAGUUUCAAAAUUGAGGCAAUUAUGAUGCCUGAAUACAUUCUAAUUUUUAACAUUUUGAAGGAAUUUGAAAGAGCUUCUACAUUUUUGGCUCUGCACAAGCAAGCCAAAGCUUGGAGUUAAAAUUUGAAUAACUACAAAAAAUUUCGAUCAAGUUGUUCACAUAUUAUCCUGAAAAGAAAAUUCUGCUUUGCAAAACAUUAACCUAUUCUUACUUUUUUCUCUCAUUUCUUCUGUAUCGAAUAGCAGAGUAAAGUCUAGUCGUUUUUUAGAUCUAAGUUGAAUCCAGCCAAAGUAGAUAGGGUGUUUGAUGCUACUAUUGUCUAGAUAAAUGUCUUAAAAGUUUGGAAAAUUUGAUUUGUAUUGUGAUUUUCUUGAAGCAAUAGUAUCGAUCACGCAAUUGUUAUUUCUAUAUCAGAUACCCUAUUGUGAUAACGGAAAGUGUGACAAAUUACAUACAUGUAUUAUUUCUACAAAAUAUAUUCUCCAUUUAUGGAUCCAUUUGUAGGUACUACUUACUAAAUUAUGUAUUAGGAUUAGUUGUCAAGGAGGAAUUAUGGGUUGUAACAAUGAAGUAAACAAAAAUGUGUUUAUAUUUUGGAAAUAUUCAAUUUAGAAGUUCUAGUCAAUUAGAGAAUAGUUUGUAAAAUACAUAUUUAUAAAAAAUUAUAUAAUAAAUACAUACUUACA